AUGGGCGACCGCCGCCGGGCCCUUGGCUCGGAGGAGCCCUCGGAGGAAAAGACGGAACCCUUCUCCCAGACCGAGAUCGACCGGCGCCUGGGCAGCAUCCGCGUCGACGAGCCCCUCGACCUGCCGCAGCCCGACGCCGUCCCGCUCGACCAGCUGCGCGUCGAGGAGCACCACCACAAGCAGGGCAUCCGCAUCCUCGUGAGGCCCCUCACCCGCAGCCGCUCCGUCAGCCCGGGCAACUACAACUGCCAGUGGCUCGCCCUGCGCGCCGAGGUCGCCUCCGAGCAGGAGCCGCAGCACAAGGUCCUCGCCGUCACCCAGACCUCCAAGGACAUCAAGUUCUCCGUGCGCAUCCCGCCGGAACGCCUCGACGACGACAACACGCCCCGCCCGCCGCUGUGGUGCGAGCUGUACUACGACCCGGCGAGCGACAACCAGAUCCUGCUGAACCGCUCGGAAGUGCCCAUCUCGCUGACCAGGAUAUCCGACGGGCCGUCGAGCUGCGGAUGGACGGUCAACCCCGGGACGCCAAAGGCGCUCUCGCCGGGCACAUGGCGCAUCAACGUGCGCGAGACGUCGGUCCUGGACUUUAGAGUCCUGGCGAAGCGCCCGGCGUUCUUCAGGCAGGACUCCGACCUCAGAUCGGAGCCAGACUCCGGCUCCGGCUCAGACGCCCUCAACGCCUCCGGCAAGCGCUCCUUCACCCUCGACGCCGGCGCCGACCCCGCGCGCACCGAGAAGAAGCCGCGCACCGCCGACGAAGAAGACGGCGUCAUCAUGUUCCUCCGCCCGGCCGCGAAACCCCUCGUCUUCCCCCUCCCCACGGAAGCCAAAACCACAACCACCGGCACAAGCAGCGCGCUCGUCCCCGCCAACGGCCACGCCCUGCUCGACAUGCAGUCCCGCGAGACCGUCGCCAUCCCCGGCGGCUGCGAGAUCGACGAGUACACCGUCACCAAGCGCGACCAGAUCGCCUCGACUGCGCUCUCCUCCGUCUUCACCGCCGAGCACUCCAACGUGCCCGACGGCAUCGUCACCGUCAAGGUCCUCAAGACCCGCGCCGCCGCCCCCUCCGCCGCCAACCCCGCCGCCAAGCCCCAGGACAACAACGAGCGCAACGUCAUCCGCCAGGCCGACAUGUGGCUGCGCGAGUACCAGUCCCAGGACGACCUGCGCCACGAGUCCAUCGUCAAGCUCUACGGCGGCGACGCGCGCUACCUGUCGCUCUACAUGGAGCACGUCGACGCCAAAGACCUCGCCGCCAAGGGCGUCUGGCGCAAUCAUCUGGAUCACUCCUUCACCGGCACCCGCGCCGACGCCUUCGCCAUCCUGCGCGACAUCGCCGGCGCGCUGCACUACCUGCACAGCAAGUCCCUCGUGCACAACGACAUCAAGCCCGCCAACAUCCUCUACUCGCCGUCGCGCGGCGCGGUCCUCUGCGACUUUGGCCUCUCCACGCACACCUCCGGGCCGGUGACCACCGGCGGCACGCCGUACUACAUCCCGCCCGAGUUCAUCGGCAAGAAGCUGCGCGGGCCGCCGUCGGACGUGUGGGCGCUGGGCGUGACGAUGCUGUACGUGCUGGGCAAAAUCCCGUUCCCGGACGCGCGCAGCCGCAAAGGCGGGCACGUGGGCGGGCGCCCGCUGUACUGGAUGAUCGCGGACGUCAACCGCACGAUGGCGCCGCCGCCGAUGGGGACGCGGCCGCCGUGCGCGGCGGUGGAUAUGAUGUACAUCUGGCUGAGCGAGGUCGCGCAGGCGCGGGAGAAGCUGUACCCGCGCGACAAGCUGGAGAGGCUGGUGAGUGAUAUGCUAAUCCCGUUGCCGAGCCAGCGGAUCACGAUGGCGCGGGUGAUGAGGGAGCUGUUCCUUGUGGAGCAGAGCGCCGUGAAGAGGUGA